AUGUCCACCUCCACUCCACCCAACAAGCGCAUCUUCGCCCCCGGCGGCACAAACGACUCCCAACAAGCCCAGCAAUACACAAAAGGCAGCCUCGACGCCACCCAACUCGAUCCCAACCCUCUAACUCAAUUCGACAUCUGGUUCACCCACGCCAACGCCGAAAAAGUGCACCAACCUGAAACCGUCACCCUCAGCACUGCCGAGCUUCCCUCAGGAAGAGUCAGCGCGCGAAUGGUGUAUUUGAAAGAGUUGGAUGAAAAGGGUUGGGUGGUGUACAGCAACUGGGGUACGAGCAGGAAAGCUGCAGAUGUCAAGAGUAAUCCUCAUGCCAGUUUGACUUUUUGGUGGCAUGAGUUGGAGAGGCAGGUGAGGGUUGAAGGGAAAGUGGAGAGGAUGACUGGGGAGGAGAGUCAGGUCUACUAUGAUACGCGCAUCAGAGGCAGCAGACUUGGUGCUUGGGCAAGUCAGCAGAGCAGUGUCUUGAGCAGUCGUGAGGAGCUUGAGAAGCAGGUUAGUGAUGUGGAGAAGAGAUUUGAUGGUCAAGAGAAGAUUCCUGUGCCUGAUUUCUGGGGUGGCAUCAGGAUUGUGCCCGAGAUGGUUGAGUUUUGGCAGGGAAGACCGAGUCGCUUGCACGAUCGCUUCAGAUACACAAGAGACGAGAACAGCGAGUCUGGAUGGAAGAUCGAUAGAUUGAGUCCCUAG